AAGGUACUGUACAAUACAAGUGAUACAGCACCACGCGAUCCCAUCGCUCUUCACUUCAUUGCACCUCACACCCCAGCGGCAGCCAUACCUCGACAAACUCGCCUGAAUUAUUUUUUUCUUUUCUGAAAUUUGCGUUCUUUCUGCAGAACUGAUUCAAAGCCGUCCCUUGUUUUCCCUGAAUUGGGACGCAUCCUUCUCAACCAAGUCGUGCCUCUCUCCCACCGCACCUCCCUUUCCGGCUCAACUAUGACUCCAGCCUAGUCGAUCCCCACGUAGAUACAUACGUGAUCUUGAAGAAGUACAAGCACAGCCGCUUGCGCCCCGGAGACAAUAUAAUACCCUGCGCCGGCCCGCUUGAUUCCUUUUCUGCAAAAAUGUCCACAUACACCUUAUACCCGCCGCCCGUCCCCGACACUGCCGCAGCCCGCCGGGACCGGGUUGAGCAACCCCGCGGCAUCUCGACGCCGGAGGGCCAGCAUCACAUCUUGCCCUCCACCCCCGGCCACCUAGCCGCCUUCUCCCCCCAGCUCCAGAGCACCUUGGCCUCCCCUGCAUUGAAUACCAAUACUCCCGCCGAGUCUGUCUCAACCCUCAGCGUCCAGUACCAGUCGAGCGAAUUCAGUGAAGGCGACGACCCCUUUUUUGGCGUCGACUUUAGUGCCUUGGAGGGCGCGUCACCGUCCUUUCUCGAGGAUGAGAUAUUUCCGCCUGGAAACACCGGACCCCUUGCCGACGAACUUGGAAUUCGAUUUAUACCCACCACCACCCAGAUUGUGCACCAGCCGGCCCGUUACCUCCCGCUAAGCCCCGACAAGAGCCCCUCGCUAGGGUCGCCCAAAGUGCAGAGCGUUGGAAGAACCGCAGGAGUAGCGCUUCCAGAGCUAUCUCCGAGCUCUGUCGCCCCGGAGGAUUUGUCGAAAGUUCCACGGCCAUAUCCUGCGCCGGAAAGCAAGCAGCCUAGCUUCCAGCUAACUCCAGGGACAAGUAAUAGCGGGGACUCUAGUGACGACGGCAUUGCUCCCACCGCCGCUAUUAUGCAGAGCCAAAGCCCUCGCGUCACGGUUUCCCAUUGGGAUAGGGACGAUGUCGGAUCAUCUCAUACUUUAGAUGCAGAACAGCAGUUGCAACGCGGCGACCCGGCGCUCUUCAUUACGCGCGACGAAUCUGGCCGCUGGAUCCCAGAUCAGUCGACGGGGCAGAGUGGCCUGGAUCCCUCCAUCCGUCCUGCCGCGAUAAUGCCGAGCAUAAACGAGCUGGCUAAUGAGCGGAAGGUUGGGGUGCGGAAUCAAGAGGUGAAGGUCUGGUUGGAGAAAUCAGCAGUUGUGCCGCACUCCUCUCCACAGAUCGUGGAACAGCCAGCAGACGUCCCGCGCGAUGGAGACGACAACAUUCCCCAAAAAGACAUUCCUAUGGGCAACGAAACUGAGAAUAACCCUGUGCCUGGUCAGACAUACUAUGUGGAAACUGGGGGCGAACUAACCCGUGAAGACCUGGAUCUUAUGCGCCGAGCUCGCAACUGGGCUGACCCGCCAGUCCCCUUUCACAUUUCCCAGCCUGACGCACCCUACCAACCGCAAACCUCCCAAGCUGCCAUGGAGAGGUUCCAGCGAAUGUGUCGGGAUAACGACUCGGUUGUUUCUAGAGCCGCAACGUGGGGAACACGAAGGUUCAGUUUGCCAAGCAAUGUUGAUGCUGAAAUUGAAGUCGCUGGCAAUUUCCUGAAGAAGCUAUCUCUAAGCCAGAGAAGCCCUAGGCGACCCAGUAUCCUGGAAGGCCUGCGUGGUUUAGUCAGGAAACCGAGUGUAGGUACGACCAAACGACCACGUGCUGAUCCCGACGAUGCCAGCUCCUUCAACACGGAGUCUUCCACCGAUCGAAAAGAGAAUCCAGUCAAGCUCGCGCCCCCGAGUCCUACACCAGGAUGGUCCAAGAAGCAGAGUGUCCCCAGCAUCAACACGGCGUUCGUGGACGUGGGAAGCAAAGUAGCAUCCAUCGGUGUGACCCAUGCUCGAAGCGGCUCCAUCAGCGCGACUCCCAUCACUUCACCCAGGAGUCCUCUCAAUCUUAGUGUGAAGAACCCCCUGACUCGCCUAAGGAGCAAGUCGGAGAACACACAAACAUCCAGUAUCGCUGAGUUGUGGAAGAAGAGUGGCGGACCGCCGGUCUCCAACUUGGGGAAAUCCAAGACGAUCGCAGCGGAGGUCGAUGAUGAAGACGACGAUGAUGAUGACGCCUUUGAAGAUGCCGGAAUGAGAGCCGAAUCAGAUAGGCUCAUCGACGACAUCACGCCCAAUCCGGCAGGCUUCCGGGAGCAUAUCCUUACGCUCAACCCCGACCUGAAAACAACCAACAGUUAUCUCGUCGACCGCAUCGCUUAUCAUCAGUGUGUCCGAUAUAAAACCCUUCUCAAUCACAGAGUUAAACAUAUGCAAGCCGUUUCCGCCAAAAACUGCUCUUGUGGGUCUAUGUGUGUAGCGCUGGGGGGCAGCGCCAACAUCAUGGAUUCGAAGGGUGACCCACGCGGUCAAGAUCCCUUAUCUGCCAAAUUUGAUGCCUCGGAUGGAGAUAUCACACCGUUGGAAGGCGCCAUCAACCAGGAGAGUUUUCCGCCAGACAUUCCGAUGCCGCCAACAGGUACACUGCCAGCAGAGUUCGAAUGUCAGUUGUGCUUCACAGCGAAGAAGUUUCAGAAGCCGUCGGACUGGACGAAACACGUGCACGAGGAUGUCCAGCCCUUCACCUGCACUUGGGAACGCUGCCGCGAACCCAAGAUGUUCAAGAGGAAAGCAGACUGGGUCCGCCAUGAAAACGAAGGCCACCGUCACCUUGAGUGGUGGAUUUGCGAUGUCGACGACUGCAGACAUAUCUGCUACCGGCGUGACAACUUCCUCCAGCAUUUAGUGCGCGAACACAAAUUCACAGAACCCAAGGUGAAGACCAAGGCCGCCAUAAAACGCGCAGGUACCAUCGAUCCAACCUGGGCGAAGGUGGAACAGUGCCACCAAGUCACGAAGGAGCAGGCCCAGAACGAACCGUGUCGGUUCUGUGGCAAGACAUUCCCGACGUGGAAGAAGCUAACGGUCCAUCUGGCGAAACACAUGGAGUCCAUUAGCUUGCCCGUUCUCAGGCUGGUUGCGAAGAGGGACAUUGAUGAGUUCACCAUCAUCAGCCCUGUUCAAGACCCGCCUCCUCAACCUUUCCCGCCUGCCUUCCAAACCAAGCAAGAGCGUACUGCGUUCGAUCCGCCUCCGGGUAUGCCUCAGGGGCGAUCAAUUCGCCAGCCUGAUCCCAUGUCAUAUUCAACCCCUACGCAGCAAGCGCAGCCGAUGAUGUACCCGAUCGCCCCUCCCGGAUACGCCGGCGGCAUGUACAACCCCGGCUAUGAUAGUCUUUCUUCGAGCAUGGCCCAUUCACCAAUAGCUAUGCAGCCCAUGGGCCAACCCGUCGGCAACAGUUUCCAGAACCUCAGCACGCAGACGUACGCAAACAUGCCGGGCACGUCUAGCCCGUACAUAGCGGCGCAGGCGAGCAGCAGCUACAUUUCACUGCCGCCCGAUACCGAGCCGUUCCCGUCGUUCGAUAUGAACGCGCUGGGACUGCACGACCCCGGUCAGAUGCCGUACGUUGGCAACUCCGGGGGAAGCGGCGCGGGCGCGGGGAGCAUGGUGGAUCCGCAUGCGGCCGACAUCUUCACGCCGCAAGGCUCCGUCUCACCCUACUCCCACUCUCCCCACCAGCCGCAAGGAAGGUUCUAUCCCCAGUGAGAUGUACUGGGGCGAACUAUUGUGAACUUGUGCGGGCUUCAAGUGCUUGUCUGGUUUCAUGUCCACCCGUCCUUGGCCUUAUGGCUGUUGUUUUACUUGAUACCCUGUCCUACUGUUCACCGCUGUGAAAUCUGGUCCCGUUCGGG